AUGGAGUUCCGCCGGAGGAUGCUGGUGGACGUGGAGGGCAUUGGCAAAGGAGUGGCAACACUGACCAUCACAGCCAGUAUCUCUGAUUCCCCUGGGGCCAUCUCUUUGCCCAGAUGUCUCGUUCCUGAGCUCCAAGUGUCCCCCUAUGUGCUCCAGUACGAUGAGUGCCACCUGAAAGUGCCGUAUGAGAGGACGCUCGUCAUCAGGAAUCCCAGCCACCUUCCUGGCUGCUACAGGCUUAUUCCCCAGAAACGCAAGGAGGACUCUGCUGUGUUCUACUCCAGCCCCCAGCCCUGUGGGAUUGUGCAGCCCCAGAGCACAGCAGAGAUCCCAGUUGUGGUGGAGGUGCAGGCGCUGGGCGAGCAUCGCACCAACAUUCUCAUCGGCGUGUUUGGGGAUGAGAGAAACCCCCUGAGAGCACAAUUAUGGAGCUCAGGACGGCUGUCAGAAACCUCUCCAAGCCCAAGGGUGACAGAUCUUGGCAGGAUCCCAGCACCACAGCCUGUAGAUGAGCUUCACCCAGCGAAAUUCAAGCCCCAACCACCGAAGGAGAAGAGAAGCUGUUUGGAUUGCCCAGCAACUCCAUGGAGGCACUUUAAGAUAAGAAAGGAGGAGCCAGUCACAGCCCUAAGAGAAGUGCAGGAUCUUGCCCAUUCUUCAGGAGCAGAGGCCUUCAGUGUCCUGCCACUCUCAGGUGUGCUGCAGCCAGGACAGAGCCAGCAGGUCUCCUCCACCUUCUCUGGCCACCCCAACAGCACCUCCAAUGUCACCGAGCUGUGCCACGUGGAGGGAGGCCCCACCUGCGAGGUGCUGGUGACCGGGGAGGCCUCCAGUGUCAGCUCCUCCCUGAGCCCCCAGGAGAUCAGCUGUGGCUCUCAGGACCUCUCAGGGAGAGGUUCCCGGGUUCCAGGAGCUGCCCUGGUGCCCGGGCGCCGCGACAUCGCCUGGGUGCAGUUGGACACCGAGGUGCAGGCGGGCGCCGCCCGCGAGGCCCUGCAGGGCUCCAGCAUCACCCAGAGCAGCGCCAGGAAGAUCUCCUUCGCCAAAAAGGGACCCAGAACACCCCAAACCCCACCUAAACAGCCCCAAACCUAA